AUGACAGACUUGGGAUUAGAUGAUGACAUUAUGAAAAAGGUCUGGCAAAUGCUUGGGUUAGUUCCAUUGAAGAAGCUGGUCAUAACCAGCAAGGCCCUUCUUGUGAUGCAAUCACCAGUGAAAUCUAGUGAUAAGAUGUCUGCUGAGCCAGAUCCAGAGCAGCCUCUACAACAUGCAGACCCACCAGAGAAUGAGGCUCUUACAGAAAUCACAGAAGGUGAUCUGAAGACACCAGACAGUCCACACAAAUCUUUACAAGACUCUGCCCCUGUCAGAGUUCUAAUACCAGAUCUCAGCAGCUUGCCAUCUUUGGAUAAAACAGAUGACAAUGACAAGGAAAAUGAGGCAUCAGAAGAUGGAACAGAAAAUAGUGACAAGGAAAUUAAGAAAUCAGAUACUAGCAGUCAGAAGUGUAAAACUCUGCUUUGCACACAGUCUCUGUGUAGCAUCAAGAGAUCAAGAGUUUCUAAGAAUUCAUGA